CUUAUUUGUAUACAGUUUAUGGCCGAGAUGCAAUAUUGAAAGACACGUAGGACAAACGUUUGGGGUAGUACGGUUUGUCCUCGCUGCCAGUCCGUAGUAGGCCUUGAAACGAAUGAAAGCUAACAAGCUACCUAACUACCAAAGGCAAAAUCAUGUCGGCAGACACCAAAAUCGCAGAGCUUUUAACAGAGCUCCAUCAACUCAUCAAGCAGACGCAGGAGGAGCGGUCACGCAGUGAACACAACCUGCUCAACAUCCAGAAAACACAUGAGAGGAUGCAGACUGAGAACAAGACCUCUCCUUAUUACCGGACUAAGCUGAGGGGACUCUACACCACAGCCAGAGCAGACGCUGAGGCAGAGUGCAGUAUUCUUCGUCAUGCCCUCGACAAAAUUGCAGAGAUCAAAUCCUUAUUGGAGGAGAGGCGAAUAGCGGCUAAGAUGGCAGGGGUGAACAGCGACAAUGACCCCCCCAGGAAGACCAUGCGGAGGGGGGUGCUGAUGACACUGCUCCAGCAGUCAGCCAUGACUCUCCCGCUGUGGAUCGGCAAGCCAGGAGACAGUCCUCCUCCCCUGUGUGGGGCGAUGCCAGCCAGCAGUGACUACGUGGCCAAGCAGGGGGAUAAGGUGGCAGCGCGGGUCAAGGCCGUGGACGGAGACGAACAGUGGAUCCUGGCCGAGGUGGUCAGCUACAGCCACUCCGCCAACAAGUACGAAGUGGAUGACAUUGAUGAGGAAGGAAAAGAGAGACACACCCUGAGCAGGCGGCGUAUCAUCCCCCUGCCCCAGUGGAAGGCCAACCCAGAGACGGACCCGGAGGCCCUGUUCAGUAAAGACCAGCUGGUGCUGGCCCUCUACCCCCAGACCACCUGCUUCUACAGAGCCCUCAUCCACACACACCCACACCGGCCCCAGGACGACUACUCAGUGCUGUUUGAGGACACGUCGUACGCAGACGGCUACUCCCCGCCCCUCAACGUAGCUCAGAGAUACGUGGUGGCCUGCAAAGAGAACAAAAAGAAGUAAAGAAGAGAGAGUCAGUCGAAAUCAAGGGGACUGAAGAUGCUGUGUAGACAAGUGUUUCCAACCACCCCUCUCCUCAGAAUAACAAUGGGUUCCAUACCCAAGCCACAACGUAUGGACACACUGAGGGCAGGUUUGGGCAGCUAUCUGUGAGGCUCAGUCAAUCUAGGGAGUUGUAUUGAUAUCCAACGGUGUGUUAUCAUGGCUCAUCUGUUUGAUCAUCGUGAGACGUGCAGGAUGUUCUGUGCUCUGUUCUGUCUGUAUUGGCCUGGUGGUGACAUGACUAUGCUUCUUGUGGAACGGGCUAUGCUGCAUGUGUGAUGUAAAAAAAAAAAAAAAGUACACAAAUGUUUUUUUGUUCAAAUUUGUAUGUUGACUAUGGACACUGAGUAAGAAUAAAUGUUUUUUUU